UGCAUCGUGUGUGUCCUCCUGAGCUCCGUGAGUAGUUAGACUCGUAGUAAAACUUGUUUGCGCGGCUGCACCCGAGCUAAGGCUGAGUGAGAGUCUCGGGGAUUCACACCGCCUUAUUGCCUCUCAACUCUGUUUUAUCCUUUUAAUAGAGCUUGUUGAAGCGACUGUAAUAAAAUCAUCUUUGCUAAACGCUGCACAACUGUUUUGUGGGACCGCCUAGCACAGUCUGAUAUGGCUGAAGUGGUCGCCGUCAGCACCCGUCUGCUUCUGCCGUCCACUAUGAACGCCCCCUUCCAGGUCCAGGUGGACGCCAACGGCGCCACCGCUGCAGCUGCUUCCGCCGCCUCCUCGCCCGCUCCUCAGAACAACGAUGACUACCUGUUUGUGGAAAGCAGGCACCCCAACACGGUUCUGCAGGGACUCAACAGCCUGCGGCUCAACAACGCCUUCUGUGAUGUGACUCUGUGCUGUGGGGGUCAGGAGUUCCCCUGCCAUCGCAUCGUGCUGGCUUCUUUCAGCUCCUACUUCCAGGCCAUGUUUUCAACUGACCUGCUGGAGUCCAAGCAAGAGCAUGUUGCUAUAAAUGGUGUUGAACCACAGAUGAUUGGCAUGUUGGUGAGCUAUGCUUACACCUCUGAGGUCUACGUCUCUAAAGCAAAUGUACAGGCGCUGCUGGCAGCAGCCAAUCUGCUGGAUGUGAUGGCUGUUCGAGAGGCUUGUUGUCGCUUCAUGGAGCGUCAGAUGGAUGAGAUGAACUGUGUGGGUAUUCACUGCUUUGCUGAGGCCCACUCGUGUACAAUGUUGGAGAAACGCAGCAUGGAGUACAUUCUGGAGCACUUCAGUAGUGUGUGUCAACAGGAGGAGUUUUUGUCUCUGUCUAUGGACAAACUGACUGAAAUCAUUGCCAGUGACCUUCUCAAUGUGCCCAAAGAGGAGAUGGUGUUCGAGGCCAUCGUGUUGUGGUUGGAUAAAUGUUCUUCUCGCAAGCAGAGUUUUGAAAAGGUGCUCGAGCAUAUCCGCCUGCCUCUCAUCAGUCCCUACUACCUCCAUGAUGUCAUCGAGUCUCUGGAUGUGGUGAAGGAGAAUCAGGGCUGCCAGAGGCUCAUCUCUGAGGCCAAGGAUUACCUUCUGAUGAAGGAUCGCCGUGGGGAACUCUACAGCUCCAGAGCAAGGCCGCGCAGGUCGACAGGGACAGCUGAAGUGAUCGUUACGGUUGGGGGAGAGGAUGAUAAAGUGGUGCUGCGCAGCGUGGAGAGCUUUGACCCUGUGACCAACCAGUGGAAGAAUCUGGCGUGCCUGCCAUUCGCUGUGAGCAAACACGGGCUGGUCGUGUCAGAUUCCACUCUUUACUUGGCAGGAGGAGAAUUUCCCGAUGGCUCAGCGAGUCGGGAAAUGUGGCGCUACGACCCCUGCUUUGACUCGUGGAUGGAGAUGGCUCCCAUGAAUGUGGCUCGCUCUGAGUUGGGCUUGGUGAUGCUGGAUGGUUUUGUGUACGCUGUGGGAGGCUGGGAGGGCCGGUCUCGCCUCGCCUCAGUGGAGUGCUACAAUCCUCACACCAACUCUUGGCAGUUCACACAGUCGGUAAAAAUGGCCGUCACAAGUCCUGCGGUGGUGGCCCUGGAUGGCCUUCUGUAUGUUACUGGUGGCGCUGUUCUAGAGGACGGAGACGGAACAGACCUUGCUCAGGUUUAUAAUCCAAAAACCGCUGCAUGGACAGAGAUUUCCCCCAUGCAGAUCGCCCGCUCUGGAUCAGCUGCAUGUACGCUGAAAGGAAAGAUCUACGUUAUAGGUGGAUGGCAUGCCUCAACAGAGAACACGGAUAAGGUGGAGUGUUACAAUCCCAAGACUAAUCAAUGGACUAUGUGUGCCCCAAUGAAGGAAAGACGCUACCGGCCAGGUGCUGCUGUAGUAGAUGGAAAGAUCUACGUAUUAGGAGGAGAAGAAGGCUGGGACAGAUAUCAUGACACUAUAGAGAGGUACUGUGAUGAGACCGACGCAUGGGAGAUUGUCGGGGAGAUGCCGACCAGUCGCAGCUGGCUCAGCUGUGUGUCUCUCCAGCUGAGGAAGGACAUCUGCAUAAGCAGCUGUCCUGACACUUCAAACAGCAACUAAAACGCCACAAAGAGGCGAUGUUUUUAUCAUUUUUACUGUCUUCAGUAACGGUGCGCUGCUGAGCUCGGUGUUGUGGGGAAUCGGAGCUGCGUGGGGUUGUCUUGGAGCUGUUUGAACUGUUAUUGGAGUCCAGAAGUGAUCUGCACUAGCUGGUGACACCUUGCUGAGUACUUGCUUGGGUUUCUCGUUUUUGGAGGAGUGGUGGUUGAGAUGCUGGUGUUGGCUCACUCCAUCUGGAGUUAGUGUGGCUUUGAGCAAAGCUCCCUCGGUAUGAUGUGAACAUGUUUAGGUACUUUUCGAUGUCGGAACAUCUCAGUCUGAAGAUGCUCCCAGCCAACAUGUUAUUUUGUAUUGUUUUGUGUUGGUUUUUGACAUGCUGUCAGAUUUACCUUGCUGAACAUGUUUUGCAAACUCUGUGGGCUGAUGGGUCAUGUUGUGAACAUUUUAAAAGGGUAACCUGAGGUAGCGCGUACACAUGUGAGCCGUCUUUUGUUAUUCAAAAUUAAGAGUUCUGAGUAAUUGUCAUUCAACCUGUGAAAUGUUCAGCGUAUUUUUGUAACUUUGUCAUUUUUGUGAAUGUAAGUUGAAUAUAGUUGUAAUAAAGUUGUUUAUUUACUAAAAAUAUUA